AUGACUCAAACUAUCAAAAAUACCAACAUUGGAACAAUUUCAUCUGGACUUCAAACUCCAACCAACAGACAAAUACUGACGCUUGUUACGCCUCCCGAAAGUCCCUCCAAGAAUCAAAAAUCAGUUGAUGUCAAUGGUCGCAAGAGGCAGCGCACUGUGAAGGCUUGUGAAGACGAAUCCCUCUUCCUACCCAUGCUCAAUGACUGCGAUUCACCAGUCUGUUUCCCCCGCUACCGAAGAUCCGCACAGACUGACGAGAUCUGCACGAGGCCACCAGCUUCACCUACAGUCGUGCCACUGCCAUCACAUUUUGAUGACGAUUACGACGACAAGAGUCCAAGUAUCUUUUCCUUGGCUCCCAGAUACCAAGGGGAACGAAUCAUUGACAUGUCUGAAGUUACUUCCAACAAGCGCUUCAGGCUGACUCCAAGUACCAAGUCCAUUUUCUUGCCGCUCGAUCUUUAG